CGAAGGAGAGGCGGUUGGCGGCGGCGCUGAGGUGAUUUUUUGCCUGGAGCUGCAGACCCCGGCCCUCUCUCGCACCAAGAGCGGCGGUCUCGGGGAUUGAGGCACUUUAUUGAGAUGGCAGCUGUUACUCCAAGAAAAAGGAAUCGUAGUUCUUCCAGCUCUGAUAGCAUGUUCUUAGCACUUGGGACUCCAGCAAAAAAAUUGAUGAUGGACAUCACCGUGGAUCUGUCUCCAGUCAAGACAUCUACAGAUCGGACCUUUGCUUCUCGAACAAAAUGGCCACCUAGAUUUAGUGAUGAGGAUAAAGAAAACCAGGCUUGCCCUCUGAAAUCCUCCAUGUCAAGGAAGCUUGAUAAUUCCCCACUUCAGAUAGCCAGCAUCCCAAUGACAGCAUGUAGGGAGUUCCUGAGUAAAGUGUCUCCAAAAUCUGGUUCCCCAUACAAGCCCAUUGUGCCUGCUGCAUCCUUCUACAGCAAAGAAAAGCAGUAUCUUACCCCACUGGAGAGGAAACUGGUAAAUGAAAGCCGCCCUCUUAGUUGGAGGGACAACGAUGGAGACCUCCCCACUGCCAAUAGGACGGAGAAAGUACAGGGAAAUAUGAACCUCCUCAGGAAUGCAAGCUCAAAAACAUCCAAACGUCAGACUGAUUCUAGGCACACCAAGAUUUUACCAAGAAACUCUAAGAAAGCCAAGGUAGAUAUAGCCCCUGUCAAACCUGUUGUGGAAAAGGAGAACGUUAUUCGCCCAAUUGAAAAGAAAAUGGAGGGUCCUUUCCGAGUCCUAAGCAUGAAAAUGAAACCCCUGCUGAAGCUCCAGAUGGGAGCAGCAUUCUUUUCCACUGGGAAGAAAUCCCAUUCUGGUCCUAAAAAGCUGCCUUCAGGCCUUAAAUCCUCCCAGCUUCUCUCUAGUUCUGCAGCAGAGGGUGACCAGCUGAGACUAUCAGGAGAUACAGAGUUUCACUCAGAUGAUAAAAACGAAGUUGCCAAGGCCAGUGAGGUAUCAAAAUGUGCAAGUGUGCCCCAGAAGAAAGGGAAUGAAGAUAGAGAGGAUAGGGUGAAAUUGGCCAAUAACAUAAGUCAAAAGAAGGUCAUUCACAAAUUGAAUGUCUCAAUGCAGAAAGUUGAAUUGAUCCCAUUCAGCCGCUCUGAUUCCUCAAAGCCUUUGACUCCAGAGGAGACUGAUACAAGGAACCUGAACUCGGAUGAAGCUGGAUCUUCCAUAAACCGUGAGUUCAACGAUCAAGAGAAUAUUCCUUUCAGUCAGUCUCCAACAGAGAAUAAUAAAGUGUCCCCUUCAGCAGAUGUUGUCUAUCCCAUAUUCAGUACACCCUCAGUCAACAAAGCAAGACCACAGCCUUUCCCAGAUGAUCUGGCUUCUCCCCUGGGAUUCAGCCCACCUACAAAAAUGGUUCAUACCUUCCAGAAAACCAGCAAGAAAACAAAAGACCUAAGCAAAGACUUUAAAGACCAGAUGAUCAUUGAUGCUGGACAGAAGCAUUUUGGUGCCAUCAUAUGCAAAUCAUGUGGCAUGAUCUAUACAGCUGCCAGCCCAGAGGAUGAAGCCCAACACAUCCAGCAUCACCAGAGGUUCCUUGAGGGAAUUAAAUAUGUGGGUUGGAAGAAAGAGCGUGUGGUAGCAGAGUUCUGGGAUGGGAAAAUGGUUUUGGUCCUUCCAGAUGAUCCAAAAUAUGCCAUCAAAAAGGCAGAAGAUGUGCGAGAACUUGUAGAUAAUGAACUGGGAUUUAAACAAAUUGUGUUAAGCUGCCCAUCCAAGAUUAAAACCUACUUUUUUGUGUCCAAUGAAAGGAAGAUAGUUGGUUGUUUAAUUGCUGAACAAAUCAAACAGGCAUUCCGAGUGCUGUCUGAGCCUAAUGUUCCGCAGUCCCCUAAUCAGGAUGUCCUGCAGCACCAUCGUGCCUGGCGUUGUUCCAUAAAGCCGGAAGUUGCCAUUUGUGGGAUCAGUAGAAUCUGGGUGUUCAGCCUGAUGCGGAGAAGAGGCAUUGCACGUCGUAUGGUGGAUGUAGUCAGAAACACAUUCAUGUAUGGUUGUUACCUAAGCACUGAUGAAAUCGCCUUCUCUGACCCAACACCAGAUGGCAAGCUGUUUGCAACCAAAUACUGCCAAACCCCUAACUUCCUUGUUUACAAUUUUAUUAGUUAAGACCAAUUCCAAACAAUCACAGUUAAACUGAACUGGAGCUGUUUAGUUUGCUAAAUGUAAAGCAGUUUUCAUGUUUAAUUGUCUUAUUCAGCCAUGUUCCAUUUUAGAUUCCUACUGAAUGCUAACUCUUGCUGCUUGAUCAAGUUAAAGGGCAUGGAGUUAAAAGAAUGUCACUUUCUGUACAUAAUUGUGUUCUGUAUUUUAAUGUUUGUACUUUAUGAAACUAAACCCAAGUUUGAUUCUAAAUGUUUGUUCUGAAAGCUAAAGUUUUUAUUGCAAUAACUUGUAAAUUUCAAAGAUAAUUAUAUUAAUAUAAAGAUUUCUCUGAGUUAGAUUUGGCUUGGAUAAAUGUCUGGCUACUUCAUACCACAGGAUAUGAGGGAGACUCCAGCUAAUCUUGAAACUUUAUAUGUAUGCUACUUGCUUUGGUACAGCUGGAGACCAGUGUUCUGCUCUCUGUGCUGCUGAGGGAGAUACCAGUGUUCCAGGGAUGUUGCAGAUAUAGAAUAUACCUGGUGCUAGAAGUUGCAUGCUGGGAGUCAAGUGACUGGGUGAGGACUCUAGACCUAUAUGGUACCUUUCCAGAGUGGGAGUUGCAGUGAACAGAAGAUAAAGCAAAACAUACCUGCUGGUUGCUGUUACUGACACAGCUCUAAAACUUACCUGAGGCAGGAGCGGAUGUAAAGCACUUGUAGCUGUGGCCUGGACCCCUUAUGCCCAAAAGUCAAUGGGACUAUUAAUAUGAAUAAAGGGUGUAUUUUUCAGUAACUUAGUCUAGAUAUGCUCAGAUAGAAUCUCCACCUGCUGCUCAGGGAUUAAAGUUAAGAUUGAUCCUAAAUCUUGCUGUAGACAGACUUGGUAGUAUUCUUGCACUGGUGGUGGUGAUACGGAUAGUUUGUUCAAUAAAAGUCCUCUGAAAUUUAA